AAACCUCCUCUCUCCUCUCGCCCAUGGUUUGCUGAGCUCUCCCUCGCCCAUGGUUUGCUGAGCUCUCCCUCGCCGUUAAAAAACGCAGCGUUUUGGAUUAGAGAGGAAAAAAUGGCGGUGGAGAUGAUGGGCAGCUUUCCGAAGAUGGAAGAUCAGAAGGCUAUCCAGGAGGCCGCAUCGCAAGGCUUGAAGAGCAUGGAGCACCUGAUCCGUUACCUCUCUCAUCAGCAACAAACUAACCAACCCUCUUCUCGCCUCGACUGCACUGACCUAACCGACCACACCGUCUCCAAGUUCAAGAAGGUCAUUUCCUUGCUCAACCGGACCGGCCACGCCCGGUUCAGGCGCGGACCGGUCUCCGUUCCGGCUCAUCACCAUCAGCAUCAUCAGCAGCACUUUACAUCUUCUUCAUCUCAACCCUCCACCUCCUCCUCCGCCUUCCCUCCCUUGCAAACCCUCAGCUUGGCUCCGGCUCCCUUCGCCGCCGCUCCGGCGACUGUGAAGGCUGCGGCGGAGACGAACUUCGCUCACUCCAUGACGCUCGACUUCACCCGGCCGAACGUUCUGACGUCAUCCAACCCUAAGCAGUGCGCCGAUAUCGAGUUCAGCGUCUCGUCGAGCUCAUCGUUCAUGUCGUCGGCGAUAACCGGAGACAACAGCGUCUCCAACGGCAAGCUCGGCCUCUUCAUGACGCAGCCUGCGCCGGCCGUCUCCGGCGCCAAGCCGCCGCUCUCAGCCGCGCCGAUCAAGAAGCGGUGCCACGAGCACGACCACUCCGACGACGUCUCCUGCAAGCUCUCCGUGUCCGGAUCUGCUUCCGGGUCGGGCAAGUGCCACUGCUCCAAGAGAAGGAAGAAUCGGGUGAAGAAAACAAUCCGAGUGCCGGCGAUUAGUUCAAAGAUCGCCGAUAUUCCACCGGACGAGUACUCGUGGAGGAAGUACGGCCAGAAGCCGAUCAAAGGCUCACCUUACCCAAGGGGUUAUUACAAGUGUAGUACAGUGAGGGGUUGUCCGGCGAGGAAACACGUGGAGCGAGCACCGGAUGAUCCGGCAAUGCUGAUCGUAACGUACGAAGGGGAGCAUCGGCACGCACCGGAGAAUGUGAGUGGGGGAGUUGGGUUGGUAUUCGACUCAUCAGCGUGAGUGAAAGAGGGGGUGGAAUGAUGAGAGGGUUCUUGCUUUGUUUUGUGUAACGUUCAAGUAGUUGAUGGGGAGAGGAUGGAUGUAAAUAUUUUUUUCCUUUUUGUUUGUUUGUUAUUUAUUAACUAGGGAAAAUGGGGCAGAAUCUCAAUCUGUCAUUAAUCAAAGAGACCUUAAUCAAUUUAAGAUUUAAGUUUA